UUGAUUAUGUUCCUCCCUGAUUUGUUUCACCUGUGUAGAGUUAACCUGCCCGUGUUACUCAUGUCCCAGCUUUCUUUCUUAGAUCUGGAUUUUGUUUAUUGGAUUCUCUUUUGUAUUUUUUCCUGGAAUGCCAGCUGUUUUUACACAAAGAUGUUUUGUGUUUCAUCCCUACCUGAUUUCAGAGCGGUGAUUUGUGGAGACGUGAAGGAGACACGGGCUGAUGUGUUCAGAUAUCGUGAUCGUGUUCCGCUGAUUGAUGAGGACUCAAACCAGCCCAGCUCUUUCCUGACGGACUGUUUCCCGUUUCCUGUUCAGAUACAUCAGACAGAAAAGCUUUCACAUAGUCCAUCCCGACAUGUCCCCCUCUCAGCUGAAGUGGCAUGAUGUAUGGCUUUACACUCGGCCAUGUGGCCCCGUCGCCGCUGCUGCAAUCACAUGGAGCUAAAGUCAUGACCCGAGGCGAAGAAAUAUGCUGCCAACAUGACGCCUGCACAUGUGCUGGGGAAGGAGAGUUUGCUGACCUUGGGUAAGAGGAGCAGGUUCCCCGAAGAAGAAAGAUGUGGCGUCACCUGCUCAACUCACCAUGGCGGGACAUGUUCACUGAGCAGAUAUUUGCUUUAACUUGAAAAGCUCUUCCUCUGGCGGAAUUGACAGCUCGGUGAUAACGUGUUUAAUAGAUCAUUUUACACCACUGUCGUAGGAUUUGAUGGACUGCCUUUGGGGAUCUUUGCUCGGAAACCUAGCUUGGUUCAGUGACUCAAUGUGAUUUUGAGUUCUUCUAAAAGGCUUCAUCUGUUGGAUAUUACAUGUUUACCUUGGAUCUAAUACAUUGAAAACAUUCGCUUGGAUACUGUGAAGAUUCUCUUCGGGGGGUGGUUUUCACAAAGAAAGGAGGUCAAGCAGUGCCAGUGUUUGGCCCUUGAAGAGUUUGAUUCUCUAUAAGAGGAGGGUUUACCUGGAUGUUUCCCAUGAAGGACAUGGAUGGCCCUCGAUCUAGCGGCAUCCGCAAGAAGAGGAAGUCAAGGUCAGUGAGGGAUCGAGAGAGGAGAUCAAAUGGGAUAAGGAACAACCAUGUUAAGGGCUCCGUCUUUCGCUUCUCCUCUGACUCGGAACGGGAGGGCGGCAGGGAGCCCACCUCAUCCCGCCCUCGACCUCCGCGAAGAAAGCGAAAGGAGUCUACUUCAGCUGAAGAGGACAUCAUCGAUGGCUUCUCCAUCACGGGGUUCGUGACCCUGGAGGCUCUGGAGAAGAACAUGACACUGAACCCCCAGGAGUGCACAGAAAACCAGGCAGGGCCUCUGCACAAGAAAAAGCCUGCCAGGGUCCCCAACGGCCUGAGCCUGGAGCCCUGCAAGAACAAUCACCACCACCAACAGCCUUCAGACCAGGAGAACAACCCCCGGCUGGCACACACACAAGGCAAGAGGAAGAAGAAACACCAGAACAAGAAACACUCAAUGCUGAAGCCGGGGCAGAACAACUGUAAGGACAGCGACAGCGAGAGUGUGAGCGGGGAGUCCAAACCUUCCAUCAGGAGCAGCUCCAGAGACAGACUGACAGAUUGUGACACAGAGAGUGACCAGGAUGACAAGGUCUCCGAUGCCAGCUCAGAGAAAUUUUUCAGCACAGCUGCAGUUAAAGUUCCAGAUUUUGGCAUCGAUGUGCUCUCCACCAAUGGCAGCCAGGAGCCUCAUGGCCCAGGCCUCCUCAAGGUGUCAGGCCUAGAGCGCAGUCAGGAGAGGAGCCAGGAGAGCUGCAGGGACCCCCAACCCCCUGCAACCAGCACCCCCAGCCAGCCUCUGCCUCCCCAAACACUCCCUCUCCCUCUGCCGCAGCCCCAGCCGGCCGCCCCCCAGCCCCUCUCCCCUCGUCGGACCCAGACAAACGGCCCUACUACUACCACCCAGGCCCCGGCCUCCACACACCUGCCCCAACGCUCAGAGGCUCUUCCCAGGCCUCAGACGCCCGCAGCCCUGCCUCUCGCCCAGGGCCAAGAGCCCUCGCCGCCCCCCCCUCCCCGGCCCCAGCACCAGCCUGACCUGCUGUCCCACCCCAGGCCUCCGCCGACGCCCAGCCUCCACCCACACCCGCCAUCGCCUGCCCUCCCUACCCAUCACCCUCACCAACAGCACCCGAGUCAGGCAGGGCCCCACCGGCCGCCAUCACGCUGCCACCCCCGGCCUCUUUCUGCGUACAACGGCCUCAACCUCAACGGUCACAGCAGCAGCAGGAGCAGCACCCCAGGCGCCAAGCCCCACGGGCCCCCUGCUACGUCCUUGCACCUCCCCCACCACCCGCCUCCUCCUGCGGCGGCCGCGGCAGCAGCGGCGGCGGCGGCAGCAGCCUCCACCUUCCCCUUGCCCUUGGCGGCUAACCAGAACACCCCCCACAGCUUCCCCCCUGCCUUGCAGUCCUCGCCACACCCACAUCACCCCAAUAUGUUCGCUCCUCCAGCGGCCUUGCCUCCACCACCACCACUUACGUCUAGCGCCCUGCCAGUACCCGGACAUCCUGCUGCUGGGAGUGCCUACUCAGAGCAAGACCUUCUGCGACAGGAGCUCAACACACGAUUCCUGGCCUCCCAGAGUGCCGAUCGUGGCGCCUCGCUGGGCCCUCCACCUUACCUGCGCACCGAGUUCCACCAGCACCAGCAUCAGCACCAGCAUCAGCACCAACACACCCACCAGCACACCCACCAGCACACCUUCACACCCUUUCCCCACGCCAUCAUGCCCACAUGGCAUUUUGAAAAAUACCCAACAAAAGUUGACCCCUUCUACAGACACAGUCUCUUCCACUCCUACCCACCAGCCAUGUCUGGCCUUCCUCCCGUCAUUCCCCCGACCGGGCCCUUCGGCUCACUGCAGGGCGCCUUUCAGCCCAAGACCUCUAAUCCACUCGAUGUGUCCACGAGACCUGGAGGCGUCCCACACACAUUCUUACAGAAGGACCCCAGGCUAACGGAUCCAUUUCGGCCCAUUCUCAGGAAACCGGGGAAGUGGUGUGCCAUGCAUGUCCAUAUCGCCUGGCAGAUCUAUCACCACCAACAGAAAGUAAAGCAGCAGAUGCAGGUCGACCCUCACAAGCUAGACUUCGGCCUCAAGCCCGAGUUCCUGGGUCGACCUCCGGGCCCCAGCCUCUUCGGUGCCAUCCAUCACCCCAGCGACUUGGCACGGCCUGCCACACUCUUCUCCGCUGCAGGUCCCACGCACCCAUCAGCAGGUCCUUUCGGUCACCCGCCACACCAUCCUGGAAACUUCCUCACCCCGGCGUCUCACUUAGAACCUUUCGGUAGGCCCACAUCAUUUGGAGGACUGGGAGCGCUCAGUUCAUCAGCCUUUGGGGGACUGGGAAAUCCAGCACUAAAAUCCCUAACAGCGGCCAACUCUGUGUUCGGCCAUAAAGACGGCCCCAACGCACAGCAGCACUUCAACAGCGGCCACCAGGAGCCGUGGAACCGCUUGCACCGCACGCCGCCUUCUUUCCCCACGCCACCACCCUGGCUGAAACCCGGAGACUCUGAGAGGAGUGCCUCAGCCAGCUCCCACGAGCGGGACCGAGACUCUGACAAACGGGACUCGUUGGUCAGUAAAGACGACAAAGACAGGGACUCUGUAGAAAAGCGUCAUCCAAGCCAUCCAUCCCCAGUCCCCAUCAACCCUAUCAACCCCAUCAACCUUCUUGGCCACAGCCGGCCUCCUGACCACCACAGGAACCAUCUGCCGCCUGCUUCCGGAGAGCCCCAGAGAGACAAGGAGAAUAAGGCCAAGGAGAGGGACAGGGAGCACUCGGACUCCUGGAAAGACAAUGGCACAGAUGACCAUAAGCUCAAAGACAACCAGCACAGCGAGAAGGACACACCCGUCAUCCACGACGGCCGAGUUUCUGAGGACAAAGUGUCCAACAGGGGGACGGCGUCGCCCUACAUCCGGCAGACCAGCCUCGAACGUCCCAGCAGUGGCCUGAGCAGGGAGGUCCUGGAGAAGAAGGUAGAGCUGCCGUACGAGCACCAGAAGAAGAACAAUGAGGUGAAAGUGAAGGAGGAGCGGAAGGAGGAGCAGGAUGGAGCCACAGAGAGGGCAAGUGAGCACCCAACGCCGGCGCCCUCAACGCCAAACCUCCAUCCUCCCUCCUCCAUGCCUAUGCCCAUGGGCAUGGCUGGCGUCCACCCCAUCAACAGCAUCAGCGGUCUGGAGAGAACUCGAGUGGUGGCACCCUUCAUGGGUAUCAGCCCCAUCCCAGGAGCUGACAGGUUCCCCUACCCCGCCUUCCACUGGGACCCAAUGAGGGACCCCUACAGGGGCCUGGACAUUCACAGACGGGACCCCUUGGCCAGGGAUCUGCUGUUGAGGAAUGACCCUCUGCACCGGCUGGCAGCACCUCGCCUGUACGAGGCCGAGCGCUCCUACAGGGACCGCGAGCCUCAUGACUUUAAUCGUGACCAUGCUCACUCUCUGGCCCUGGAGCACAGGAGGGAGCAGGAGCGUGCCCACAUGGAAGAGCGCGACCGCCUAAACAUGCUCAGAGAGGACUAUGAGCACGGGCGUCUCCAUGCUGCAAUGCACCAUCCAGCCCUUGAUGGACACCUUCCCCACCCUGCGCCCGGCCUCAUGGCCCCUGGACUUCCAGGCAUGCACUACUCCAGAGUCAGUCCCACAGCAGCAGCAGCGGCGGCGGCUGCAGCCGCUGCGGCGGCCCAUCAGAACGGUAUCCUGAACAAAACGCCACCCACCGCCUCUUUGAGCGCGCCACCCCCACUUAUCCCCACGCUGGGUGCCCGGCCCGGUUCACCCAGACGGACUACCCCCCUGGCCACAGAUAUCAGAGACAGACCGGCUCACAAAGAUAUCGAGGCACGGUGAGCUGAGCCUUCAGUAGACUUGGUGCCCCCCCUCCCCACCCCUGCUGCCCUGUGCCUCAUUAACACUGAACUCACACCAAGCACUUAGCUUUGGGCAAAGCAAGACUGUAACAUAGCUGUGAAUAACUUAUGUGGGCAGAGACGUGCCCACGCGAUGAAUUGUUUUUUGUAUAAAACUACAAAGAGACAAUAAUCACGGAACAAAAAAUUGAUUUUUCAAAGUUUUUUUUUUUUUUUCCCAGUGUGCUCCCGCUUUUUUGUGCUCAUUCUCUCUCUUGUAUAGCGAAAAAGUGACGUGCGGAGUUAAGAAUGAACAAUUUUUUGGAAUGUACAGGUACUUUAGCACUGACAGACAGCAAGCGUGUGGAUAAUGUGUACAGUCACUGUGCUCGCUCUGUAUGAAAAAUCAUGGUACAAAUAUGCAAAAGGGUGUUUUGAAAGCUUUACGUUGAACACAUGUAAAUAGAGGAGUAUUACAGCAGUGAUUCAGAAUGUGCUUUUUUUUCAAGUUUUCUUUUUCGGGUUUGACGCAGCUGAUUAGCAUUGUACCAGAGACCGACCCCCCCCAUAUUCAACUAUGCAACAAACGUCUGGGCUCCCUUUCAGAAAGCUGGCCUUCUCACCACUACUGACUGACUGUGUACCAAUUAAGGACAAAAAAUAUAUAAAAAUAUAAAGCUGUAUUCUCUCCACAACUGAGACUUUUCUGACACAACAUUGGGUCCAUGCAAACAGAUACAAGCUUUAACCGAUCCGCACAGGGUUUGUAGGUAGAAAUCUGGAAUUUCCUCAAGUGAUAAAUUGUGGUGACAAUCCUAGAAACAUUUAAUGGAAAUAGUGUUUUAAAACGAUGUAAAAAAGAAAAAAGCCAGCAGCACAAAUAUUAAGAGUAUUCCUCUUUGUUUCCCCCUCCUCGUUCUUCUCUCACUCAGUUACCACCAGUCUUGUUCUGGGGAGAAUGCAGCACAUCUUAACACCAUGACAGCACAUUUCCCCUACCGAAGGAGUGUAAAGUACAUGUUUUGGACAUAGGUUCUGUUGGUCAAACAGUGUAUUAAAGUGCUUUCCUAAGUUGUUGUACCUACAAAAUCAAAAGACAAAAAAAGCAAGUCUAAACUAUGGACAGUUUGUUUCUAAUGAGCAGAGAUCUAUUUUAGUAGUCCACUGAAGGUUUAGUUGUGCGCUUCAAACUCUGUGAUAUCAUGUCGUGCAGUGUUUUUUAAUCCAACAUUAAAAAAAUGUCCACCGGAGCCAUAGUGGUUAGUCGAUGCGUAUUGCAAAAAAAAAGAUUGUUAAAAAUGAGAUUUUUUUUUUUUUGCUGUUUACCAUGUACAGGGAUUAAAAAAUGAAGUCUUUCUAGAUCAUGUACAAAAAUGAGAAAAAAAAAAAUGAAGCGACUGAAUCUUCAGCAUGCUCCUCAUUUAAACUUGUGUUAUGUAAAUUGUGCCAUGUUAUUAAAAAAUGUGUACUAA